UAGCGCGUUAUUUUUUUUGUGCGGUCAAGAGUGGCAGCAGCGCAGCAGUUUCAAAGGCUUCAGUGUGCGCUUCCAGCGUUUUUGUGAAGUCCUGUAACGUGAAAAACCUUGUUGUUAUGGCAGAGAUCAUGGAAAUCGACGUGGGAGACAGCCAGAAAAAGAAAGACUGCAUUCCCUGGGUGGAAAAGUACCGGCCUGCGAAAUUCACCGAAAUCGUAGGCAACGAUGAGACUAUCGCAAGGUUGGAAGUUUUCUCACGGGAAGGCAACGUACCCAACGUAAUCCUGUCCGGCCCUCCCGGUGUGGGCAAAACGACAACAAUCCUCUGCUUGGCGCGGAUCCUCCUCGGGCCCGCAUUUCGUGAGGCCGUGCUGGAGCUGAACGCCUCUAACGAUAGAGGCAUCGAUGUUGUCCGAAAUAAGAUCAAGAUGUUUGCUCAGAAGAAGGUGACGCUGCCACCAGGGAAGCACAAGGUAAUUAUUCUCGACGAAGCAGACAGCAUGACUGAGGGAGCGCAGCAAGCCUUGCGUCGCACGAUGGAGAUCUACUCAAAGACCACGCGAUUUGCUCUUGCUUGCAACACUUCGGACAAAAUCAUUGAGCCAAUUCAGUCCAGAUGCGCCGUUGUACGCUUCAGCCGCUUGACGGAUGCGCAGGUGCUUGCUAAGCUUCUGGACAUAUGCCAGCGUGAAAAUGCCAGCUACUCAGAAGAUGGUUUGGAAGCCCUUGUGUUCACUGCACAGGGCGACAUGCGCCAGGCAAUCAACAACCUCCAGUCGACAGUAGUGGGUUUCGGACACGUGAACAGCCAGAACGUUUUCAAGGUAUGUGACGAACCACAUCCAGAGCAGAUCAAGGACAUGCUGCAGUACUGCGUUGACGGUCAGCUAGACAAUGCCUACAAGAUCAUGUUGCACAUGUGGAAGCUUGGCUAUGCCGCCGAGGACAUCAUUGUGAACAUAUUCCGUGUUUGCAAAAGCCACGACAUUCGAGAAGACAUUAAGCUGGAGUUCAUCAAAGAAAUAGGCUACACGCAAAUGAGAACAUUGCAAGGUGUGCACUCCUUGCUUCAGAUGGCUGGCCUGCUCUCCCGGCUGUGCUUGAAGAGUCGUCUGUGUAAAUCCGACUGAAACUUUGGCGCUAGUAACUUCCCUUCCGUACUCAGUACUGUCUUAUACAGCAGUACAUCAUUAUACAUAUAUAUAUAAAAGAAAAACUCCUAGUUGACUUUUUUUUUUUUUUGCCGUGGCAUGCAAUCGGCUGUCUAGAUACACGAAAAUGCUUACAAUCAUGCUGCUUGCACUAAAAUUGUGAAACCGUUGAAUAAACUGCUAUUCACAGAAA